AUGGAUGCUUCGCGCCAACAGAAGCUGCUACAACAGAAGAAAGAGGAGGAGAAAAAUCACCACUUGGUCAAAUUACAAACCAUGACAGCAAAGGUUGAAGAAGGCACAGCAAAGAACACAGAAGAGCCUCUCCAAGGGGCGGAAGCGCUGUCACCAGGUGACGACGCUGCUCCGCUACAACACCGAAAGACUACAAAGGAGCUCACUGAAGAGUUCAAAAACUUAAAUUGGGCAAAGGUGGAUGAAUAUAACUCUUUCAAGGCGAAGUUAGAAGAGCAAGCAUGCGCACAAGAGCGCCUUAGGAGAAAAAAUUGGCUGCGAAACGAACUCGAGGCCCAACUUGAGGAGCAGCGGCGCCAAAAAGAGGCUGCAAAGCAAGAUGACCUCGAAUGCGCGAAGAAGCUUCAGCAGGACCUAGAACAGUGGAGGUUCGUCAAUAUUUCAAACGUAACUUUCUCUCAAGAAUCCAAAGCGGAACAGUUGCGGGAAAGUCGUGAAAUCCUUGAACAGGUCUCAAGGGACAUCGAAACUGAGAAACGGAUGGCUUUGAAAGCAAAACAGCAAAAGGCUCGUGCUAUGCAGGAAAUCUUGGAAAAAGAGUUGGCCACGCAGUGUGCGCUGAAGAGGGAUGCUGCUGACCAAGCUCGAAAGGAAGCCAUGGAGAAGGAAGCUGCGGCCCGGAAGAAGGCGGAGCAGCUAAAGGUCCAUGAGUUCCUCAAAUUUCAACAGGAAGAAAAAGAACGCCAGAAGAGAAUUGAGAAACAGGAGCGCUACGAAAUACAAAGGCAGCAAGAGCUCGAUGCAGAAGAGUACAAAAGGAAGCAGGAACUGGAGCUUCGCAGCAGGAGAGAACUCUGCAAACGUCAGCAGGAGCUGCUUAUCCAGCAGAUGGAGGAGAGGAAGCUGAACAAGGAUAUUCUAGUAAGCCAGACGGAGAUGAAGCUUAAUCGGCGCCUUCUUGAGGAAGUCAACGACUAUCUGGCCCACAAACAACCCGUCCAAGACUUGAAGUCCACCGAACGCUAG